CUCGUUCUAAUAAGUGAGCACAUCCGUCGACCGCGUUGUGGCAUUGAGACGCGCUCGGAGAGCUUGCUUCCUUCUCCUGGCCGCUUCAUCCGCUGAGAGCUGGGGUGCUCAACUUAGUAUUCCUUGGCUUGGUCCUGUUCAUUCUUCCUCGGAAUCCAAGGACGAGUGCAAGGGAAAGCAAAGAUGGAACCGCGGUCCCCUGUGUGGGAGCACUUCACCCAUGUCGAAGAUGAGCGUGGUAAGCUCGUCGAAGCGGAGUGCAAGCAUUGCAGUAAGAGGUUCGUCACAGAACAUGGCACGGCAAGCAUGCGGAAGCACGUCGGCAGCACUACAUGCAAGGGACGGGUCGGGCAGCCGCAGCCGCAGCCGCAGACUCAACUGCUGCUGUCAGGCCCCGGCGAGUCAUCUUGUCGUGAGCCUGCUGUGGGCCUGGAGCUGGAGGACGAAGAAGCCAGCAGAGACCUGGCUCGGAUGAUCGCGCUUCAUGGCUACGAUCCUUCGGUCGUGGAGGACGACUACUUCAGGAGCUUCGUGCGCCGCCUCAACCCUCAGUUCAAGCUGCCCUCGCGCGAUGCCAUUGAGGAGAUAUGCCCUGAUAUCUUUCGGAGACACUGGGGGGGUAUGUUGGACUCCUGUCUAUACGCUCCUGGGAGGCUCAGUCUAGCAGUGGGUAUAGCUAAAACCAAGGAGGCAGGGCAAGUCCUUUAUACAACGUGCCAAUUCAUUGACGACGAAUGGAAUCUUCACAAGGUGGUCGUGGGUGCUCGUGUGAUUUUACCUCAAGAUGAUGAUCACAACCAUGUCUCUUCAUUGUUUGAUAUACCUGUCGUUUCUCAUGAUAAUGUGGUUGAUCGUGUUAUGUCUGAUCUUUGUGAGACAUAUGAUGAGGAGUUCAAAUGUACCCUGUUCAUGAUGGCAAGGGGAAUGACUAGCGACAUUAUCGACUACGGUGAACUGAAGGAUCGCAUAGAUAAAAUAUUUGGAUCUGAUUCUUCCCCUUCAAAGAACAGAGUGGUAAUCUGUAUACCACCUACAUGGACCAUGUUCUUCACUCCAUUGCUCGAUGCCUUCUUCCAGAUCUAGAUUUCCAAAAAGACAUCUUCUCCGGCGUGCGUUAUUGUUAUCUAAAUGGCACUUUUCAAGUACGUCGCGAAUUUGCACAACACGGCAUAGACGACCCGUGGGAGUACGACGAACUCUGGUAUUGGUGCUAUUGUCGUUUGGAAAUAGUUAACUAUUAUAUUCCAGAGACAGGAUCAAAAGAACUGCUGCACUGCCUAUGGAAUCAGAUACACCGUGCCAUUAAAAGAGUUUCGAACUCCAGCCAUCCAACUUCAAAUCUUUGUCUUGAACAGUUUUUCAAGGUCAGAAUU